AACGACAUGGUCGGCCUGCUUGACACCUUCUCCGUGGAAGUGGUGGAGAUGCAGACGUUCGCCGGCAAGAUCACCGACCAGCUGCAGAAGCUGAAGAGCAAGGACGUCCGAAUAGUGUUGGGCAGCUUCGACGCCAGCUGGGCGCGCCGGAUAUUCUGUGAGGCGCGCCGCGAGGGCAUGUUUGGUCGCCGCUACCAGUGGGUGCUGGUGGGCCUGUACGGCGAGAGCUGGUGGCUCGAGGACCAGUUCGCCGGCCCGGAGGCCGCCGAGCCCUGCACCGUGGCCGAGGUGCUGCAUGCCCUGCCGGGCGCUGUGUUUGCCGACGUGCUUCACCUCAGCAACAACCAGCGCAAGACCGUCUCCGGCAUGACGGCCAGCCAGUACUACGAGCAGUACAACCAUGUGCGUGGGAACGCCUACUCACGUUUCCAUGGCUACGCCUACGACGGCAUCUGGGCCAUAGCCUCCACCCUGCACCAGGUGGACUGGCAGGUACGCCACAACCGGUCGCCUCUGCCCACCAAGUCGCGGCUCUCAGACUUUCGCUACAGGAACGGCGACUGGGAGGCCAUGCUGAAGAAAGCGCUCAACCACAUCAGCUUUGAGGGCGUCACGGGACCUGUCAAGUUUACGGAAAAUGAACGAAGAGGCUUUGUCGUUCUCAAGCAAUUUCGAGACAACGCCACGGCCGUCAUCGGCGUGCACGACCUGAUCCAUCUGCGCCAGCUGACGCCGGAGGACGACAGCCGGAUCGAGCCCAUCUGGUGGCCUUCGGGCCACGCGCCUGUCGACCAGACCAUCACCAUCAUCGAGAAGGCGCGCGUCAACGUACAGAUCUACGCAGCGCUGGUGGUAGCGGCGUCAGUCGGCAUCGUCAUGGCCGUCAUCUUCCUCAGCAUCAACGUCAGGUUCAGGAACCAAAGGUACAUCAAGAUGUCGUCGCCCUACCUCAACAACCUGAUCAUCAUCGGCUGCAUCCUGACGUACACGUCGGUGAUCCUGCUCGGUCUGGACUCGAGCCUGACCUCGGAGGAAGCCUUCCCGGUGCUGUGCGCGGCCAAGACCUGGGUCCUGAUGGCCGGCUUCACGCUGGCGUUCGGCUCCAUGUUCUCCAAGACGUGGCGCGUGCACUCCAUCUUCACCGACGUCAAGCUCAACAAAAAGGUGAUCAAGGACUAUCAGCUGUACAUCGUGGUCGGCGUACUUCUCUCCAUCGACAUUGCCAUCAUGACGACGUGGCAGAUCUUGGACCCGUUCUAUCGGGAAACCAAGCAACUGGAGCAGUAUCCCCACCCGCAGAAUGAUGACGCUGUCGUCAUCCCAGAGAAUGAGUACUGCAAGUCCAACAAGAUGACGGUCUUUGUGGGCUGCAUUUACGCUUACAAGGGUUUGCUCAUGAUAUUUGGGUGUUUCUUGGCGUGGGAAACGCGCCAUGUCAACAUAGCGGCUCUGAACGACUCCAAGUACAUCGGUAUGAGCGUCUACAACGUGGUCAUCAUGUGUGUGAUCGGCGUAGCAAUCUCCUUCGUCUUGUCGGACGACCAAGACGCCUCCUUCAUCAUCAUAUCUAUUUUCAUCCUGUUCUGCACAACAGGCACGCUGUGUCUAGUCUUCGUACCGAAGCUGAUCGAGCUGAAGAAGUCGUCGCGGGCGCCGCAGCAGCGGCUGCGCGCCACGCUGAAGCCGCCUCGCGCGCACGGCUACCAGUGCAGCGUGAACGCGGCGGCGCUCGGGAUCCGAGAGAACACGCGCCGCUCCGAGGACCUGCAGACCCGGCUGCGGCUCAAGUUGCGCGCCCUCGAUCAAGAGCUGGACCACCUGAUGCGCCAGGUGGGAGAGGAGGCGCACGAGUACCUGAACCAGCGGAUGGCCGGCAGCCGGCUGGCCGUGCCGCGCCUGUCCUGUCUGGGCAUGGAAGGCAAGCCACGUAAACACCUCCGACUCGCUCGCUCCGGUGUUGUCUGUGGCACGAGCGGCUGGCCGCGUGCACACGCCGCCCUGCGGCCGACUGACACCCCAGCACAGGCUUUCGCUGUUUCCAAUCCAGGGCCUUCCAUGACCGAGAGCACGGAGAUAACGUCGCUCUGCUCUUACACAGAGUACGAGGUGGACACCGUCGACUCCACGUGCAGUGCUCAACACUCCGCUCUGCCUGAGAGGCGAAGUCUUGAACCGUUCGCAAGAUCUGAAUCAUAUGGGCUCGGAUGCAGAGGAAAACAGGAGACAAGUUGUCAGUGGUUAAGGAAGCGACCGUCGGUACAGCACGCACUGCUGCCGUCGAUCGCAGCCUCCACCGACAACCUGGGCGAGCUGGCGGCGCAGGAGCCGAUGCGACACCCGCCCGGUCACUUCCAGCGCGACCUGGUGGCCAGCCGGCUCGAGCUCGAGAUGGGCAACAUCAUCGUAGAGAACGUGGACGAGCCCAGCAUCUACACGGUGAAGAACGAGGAGGAGAGCUACGGCGAGGACCAUGCGGUUGAGCUCAUCCUCAACCAGAGUCACGUGCCGGUGCGCAAGUUCGGGCGCAGCUCACUGGACUGCGUGGUGCACCACGGCCUGCUGUCUGUGCCGGCCACCGACGAGCCGCUGCUGCGACGCCGCAGCGACCCGGGCGUGCGCCAGUACAGCCUGGCCAGCGCCAUCUGCGCGCUCAACGCCAGCCUGGCCAACAUCAUCAACGCCACCUCGUACAGCACCGUCACCAACAACAGCAGCUCCAUCUCCAAGUUCAUCGAGGACGCGGCGUUCCAGGCGCUGCGCUCGUCCAGUUCGGGCGCCAGCCACCUGGAGGGCGGCGACGUGCGCGGCGGGGAGGAGCCGCCCAUCAGCAGCGGCCAGUCCGAGUCAACCACACGCUCGCUCGACUCUCUCAGCGCCGAGUGCGGUGACUCGGACUCGCAGUCGGUGUCGGAGGCGGCGCCGGCCGGCCACGCGUUGCUCGUCAACGGCCAUGUGCUGGAGAUGCUGCGCGUACGGCGCAGCCAGCUCAGUGUCAAGCCCGUUAGGGAGGCAG